UGCUCCGACAAGUGCUUCAACACGUGGGGCGGGUACCAGUGCUCGUGCGAGUCGGGCUAUAAGCUGUCGGCCGAUAACAGGACGUGCGUUGACGUCGACGAGUGCGACGAGUUUGAGCGGAAAGGUGUCUCAAAGGAGUACUACCUGUGCGUGGGAAAGUGUCACAACACGCCCGGUUCGUUCCGGUGCUCGUGUCCGCACGGCUACCGACUGGGCACCGAUGAGAGGACCUGUCAGGAUAUCAACGAAUGCGAUGAAACCAAUUCGUGCGGAGGCGACGACCAGAUCUGUCUCAACACGAGGGGCGGCCACCGAUGCAAUCGCAUCGACUGCCCGUCCGGCUACGAAAGGGACAGAACUCAUAAAAGUCGGUGUAAGAAAACUCACGCCACGGCUGUCUGUACGGAUCGCACCUGUAUUUCCGAAGACCUCAGAGAGCCCAUGGCCUACACCUACAACUACUUGACGUUCACGUCGAACAUGUCGAUACCGGCGACCGGUUAUCUCGACUUAUUCACGAUGAGAGGGCCGGUGCUGUCCGUAACGACCGUUCAGUUCGAGUUGACGCUCAACUCGGCGCGCGUUGGGGCGGCGGGUGUCGCGCCCGCCAUGAGAGACUACUUUCAGAUGAGGCGCACGGCAUUCAACGAGGCGAUGGUGUCGCUGGCGAAGCCUAUUCAGGGCCCGCAGGACAUCGAACUGGAACUGGAGGUCAAGCUAUACCACGGCGGCACAUACGGGGGCUCCGCGAAGGCUAUACUCUACAUAUAUGUCACGGAAUAUAGCUUU